AAUCUAUAUUUAGCAACUUCUCUCUUCUUCCUCUUUCACUUUCUCUCUCCUCAAGAAAAAAACAGCUCUCUGCAACCGAAAAUAUAAGCCAGGGUAUCCGUUAUAUGGUCGAGAAAGUUGAAUAAAAAUAAUAGAAAAAGUUAUAACCCAAGUGAAGAUUACGUGAAAAAGGGGUCAUUUUCACGAUUUUUUUUAGCAUAUUGGACGUAUUUGUGAUCUGGGUAUUUGUUGAAUUUGAGGAUCAAACUCGUACAUUCCAAACUUGGGUUUGUUUCGUAUCUGGUUUAGUUUAAUUGGGUUGAACUGGUGAGAAGAUAUAUGUGAAAAUGCUCUGAAUUUUAAUGGAGUCUGUGGUUGAUAAUGGUGAAAUGAAGAGUUUACAAGAUGAGUUGAAAUGAUUAAAAUGGAUAGCAGAGAAGAUGAUGAUCGGCCUUCGUCCCCCAUUUGGGUGCUGCAACAUUUAUCUGAGGAGGCAUGUAGAGUAGCAGGGGAGGCUUUACAUAGUGUGUAUCCGGGUCACCCUUCUAACAUAGUCAAUACCUCUCCAUUGGGACAGAGACCUGGACCUGGGCCUGGCCAUAGAAGAGCCCAAAGUGAGGUACUGAUUGGUCAAACGCGAAGUAAUGGCUUUCAUAGAUUGAAAAGUCAGGUUCAGAGGGCUUGGAAAUGGGGAAGCAAUUCACGGGAAGAGGGUCGCCGUUCCAAUUUCAAUCCUGAGGUCUUGGCUAACCAAAAACGCCAGUGGUAUCAGCUUCACUCCAAAGUUCUGGAUCAUACCAACUACAAGGAGCCAACCUCGCUAUUUGAACACUUCGUUGUUGCUGGGCUUCAACCCGAUGCUAACCUUGAAACCGUGGAGGCUGCCUUUGCUAAGAGGAAGGAGUGGGAGAUGGAGAUGUCAAGAUCUGAAUUAGUAGACUUUAAAAUGCUUCGCCAGCGGGGGCCUUCAUUCCCUAGCUUGGAGCCUCAGAUACUGUUCAAAUAUCCUCCGGGGAAGAAGAUAGCAAUGCGUUGGAAGGAUUUAGCUGCCUUCUGUUUUCCAGCAGGAGUUAAGGCACAGUUGUUGGAGAAAACCCCAUCACUAAGUGAUCUAAAUGAACUUAUUUAUGGACAGGGACAUUUGGGCCGGGAUGAUUUAUCAUUCAUCUUCUCACUUAAGGGGUCAGACAAUGCAACACUUUAUGGUGUUUGCUUGCAUGUCCUGGAAAUUGUACAGAGACCACCUGGAAUCUUAGGUGGAGCAUCACCUCUGUCUCAUUCAUCAGGAGGAUUCAACCGAUUUUUGGUGUCUGCACCUCGCUGUUACUGUGUGCUAACUAGAGUUCCUUUCUUUGAGCUACACUACGAGAUGUUAAAUAGUAUAAUUGCCCAGCAACGUCUGAAUCGAAUAACAGAAUUUGUUACUGAAAUGUCUCUCUAUGAUUAUGUCCCUUCUACUCCUACCAGACAUGAUCAAAUGCAUGAGAAUGUCGAAUCGCUCGAGGGAGAUUCUUUGAGUGGUUGGAUGACUUCUGCAAUACCUGUGGACAGUGCAGUGGCUAUGACUGCUGCUGCUGCUGGAAUUAUACCUGAUAAUGUCAUUCCACAUUCCUCACUAAGAAUAUGGGAGCCUAACUCUCCUGAAAGUAUUACUGCUAGUGAAUCUUCAGAAAUCAGUCAAGCAAGGGAUACAGAUAAAGAUGGUAGAAAGAAUUUGCAUUAUUUCGAUGAUUAUGCUUCUGAGGCCUCAGAAACACGUUCAGAUACUUUGGAGAGAAUGUGUGGAAGCUAUGAAGGCCAUUCUUCUCCAGACAUUAGAGCGUCUUUCUCCUCUAGAUUUCGCACAUUGGAGCAUCUUGAGAGUUCUGAAUUCUUAUUCAGUCCAGCUAGAAGCAUGACAUCUGAGGAUGAUGAUGAUGAACUCUUUGCCAACUUUGAUAAAGAUCAUAGGGAUGAUUUAAUUAUGGAAUGGGCUAAGGAAAAUAAAAAUGACUUGCUACAGAUUAUUUGUGGAUAUCAUACUCUUCCUCUUCCUCCACGGGGAGGUGUACUAGUUUUUCAACCUCUUGAACAUUUGCAGUCUAUUGAAUACAGGCGACCUCCAGUUUCUUCCCUUGGUGUUUAUGACAAAUAUUCGGAUUCAUUGGAAUCUUCUGAGGUCAAUUUUAAGUUGGCUGCAGUUGAAGAAGCUCUUGCACUAUCAAUAUGGACAACCGCAACAAUUUGUCGUGUUCUAUCCCUCGAAAGUGUCUUGUCACUGCUCACAGGUGUAUUGCUUGAAAAACAAGUAGUUGUUGUGUGUCCAAACUUAGGAUUACUAUCGGCUACAGUUUUAUCUCUCAUUUCCAUGAUUCUUCCCUUUCAGUGGCAUAGUUUAAUGCUUCCUGUCUUGCCAGGAAGAAUGGCUGAAUUUCUUGAUGCACCAGUCCCCUUUAUUGUUGGAUUGCUAAACAAACCCAAUGAUUUCAAAAUGAAAACAUCUAAUCUUGUUCAUGUUGAAUUGUUAAAGGACCAGGUCAAAACUUGUAGCUUGCCAACACUGCCAAGACAUAAAGAGCUUGCCACUGCUCUAGCGCCAUUUCAUGCUAGAUUGUCACGAGAAACUUCAAUGGCUAAGAAGCAUCCUGUACAUAAGUGCAGCGAAACACAGGCCGAAGCCGCAGAAAAGUUUUUAAAAGUAACAAGGGGCUACUUGGAGUCACUUUGUUCAGAUCUAAGGUUGCAUACAAUAACAAGUGUGCAAUCAAACAAUGAUAGGGUUUCUUUACUUCUCAAGGACAGCUUUAUUGAUUCCUUUUCUAGUCGAGACCAGCCAUUUAUCAAGCAUUUCGUGGACACUCAAAUGUUCUCUGUUCUAUCAGAUUCUCGUUUGUCAAGAUUUGAGAAUGGUCGUUUGUAACUUAUUCAUUAUAGAUUAGUUUAUAUAAUCGGAGUUGCAGAUGAAUGUAGCAUAAAGGUUUGACUAUAUAUUGCCAUGGAGAAAAAGCUUGCUUCAACUGUUGUAACAUAUAAGUUAUCUUGCAAAUCCCAACACCCCUUUUGGAUUAGAGCCCAAAAGAAAUUAUCAUAGUCCCAAUCUUUUAGGGGGAUAUGAUAUAAAAUUAGGCCUAUAAAUUCAUCUCAUCUUGAAAAUUUUGUAAAUGUCAACAAUUAUAUUUAACAUUAUGAAUCCCUGUGUUUGAAUGGAGUGUAUUUCUUUUUUCUU